AUGCCCGACAAGAGCAGUCCCAUAGACGACGACCACUUUACUCCCCAAUCCGAGAUCAACCCAGCGCUCCAGCCGGAGCACCUGCUUCGUCAUGCUCACAUCCAUCAAACAGCAUUUGCCGAGCUUGGCCACGACGAUGACGUUGACUACGCCAAAGAUGCCUCGUUCCAGAAUGGCAAAGUCCCGGACCCAACCCCGCUGAACCAUACCUCCAAGAGUCAGAGCGACGAUAGCAACAACGUCGAGACCACGGACAAUUUUCCGGCCCCAGCGUCUGUGGUACCGCCGUGUCAACGCUCUUGCUAG